CAAAACAAAAGUUUAUUUCAAAUGACUUUUAAAUAUUUAAAAGUUUAUUAUUUUAUUUAAUUGAACGUAAAGUUUAUUUUUUUAAGCAAAUUAUUUAACAAAACAUAUCAUUGAAAAUCAAAAUCAAAUAAUGAGUUAUAAUAAUGAGUACAACAAUACAAGUUUGGAUCAAACAAAUGGUAACCAAUUUUUUGAUAAUAAAGUGAAGACAUCGUCGAUACAAAUGAUGGACAACGAGCUGAUGAUUGCUAGUAAUUGUGAUAAUAAUAAUAGCGAUGACUACGAGAUAUUAGAGGCAUCAAAGGUCUUGCAUUUAGCUCUUCAACAGAUGGAUGGCAUCAUUGCAAGUUGUGAUUCAAUGAUGAGUCCAGACAUUAGUUGUGUGACUCCGAUGUCGGAAAACACACAACACUUUUCUUAUAAUAGCUAUUCAUUCAACAAUAGACAACAAAAACUGAAGAAUUUAUUGUCUGAAUUGAAUGACUUACAUAUCAGCGACAAUCAGAUGACAAAUAAAACAGUUGCCGAUAAAGACAUUCGUCGACUAUUGACUGAUGUACUCAUCAAAUACCUCAAGAGUUGGUCGCCACUCAAUAAGACAUCUCAAGAUUUUAACAUUUUAUCAAAACCGAAUUUUCAAGAGACUGACAAAAUUCAUGAGAAACUUGAUUAUUAUGAAACUGAAAGACAACAUCUCAUUCUUCAGAUGGGAAUAAUGAGCGAACAAAUUGAUUCACAAUCCGACAAAAUAGCAGAAAUGGAGGAAAUAUUGGAAAACUCGAAAAGUCAGUUAAUGGCCACUGAAGACAUGUAUCAGCAGUCGAUGCUCACCAAGUCGUCACUCGAGGGAACAAAACUGGAUCUUCUAUCAGAAGUGACUAAACUUAGACUUGAGUUAAGCCAAAGCGAACAUUUGAGGGUUACUGUUGAAGACAGAGCCCGCAAACUAGACAAUGAAUUAUCUGUUAUAAGGAGUACACUAUUGGAAAGGGAGACUGAAAUAUCUGCACUUCGACUGACAUUAGCGAAAAUGGCCAGAACUACUGGCUAUCUUCUAACUGAUCACGAAUUGUCACUUUUAAGAGGAAAGUCAUAUACAAACGAUUUUGUACGGAACCGAAUUCAGUCGCCCAAAGAGUCUCGUGUGACAGACAAACCUCCGCUACCUAUCAGUCCUCGACUAUAUUCAAACACAUCAUCACAUUCAGAACCGACUUCUCGUCGCGACAGUACUAUUAGCGGACGACAAUCUCCUUCAGUGACCGCCAUAUAUCGCGUCAAUUCGCCGCCAACACAACGCAGUGCAUCUCCGUCACCCUUAACAUCAAUGACUCGCUCGACAUCAGCCGAGGAUAUGAAAUCAAAAACAUUAACUACUCCUAACUAUUCAACAUUACCUCACUUGCACGGGGCUCAGGUGUUACACCAAAUUCAGCAACAGUUACAACAACAUGAAAUGACCAAUUCAUACGAUAGUGCCAGAUCACCAACAACACCUAACUCGAUGUCGAGUCUUCAUAACCGAUCAUUGGAUCGCUCUAAUGAUAAUCUACGGCCGACCGAUAUGUCGGAUUCAAGUAGUAGACAUUCGGGUGUCGUAUCAUUUGGUAAACCAAUUUUUAGACUUAAGGGAAGCAGGGCUUCAAGUACUCCUGAGUUAGCAAAAGAAGAUCAAAUCAUAUCAUCUGCUCGUUCAUCGACAUCUGAGUUACCAAAUUCUGUUCAUUCAUUACAGUUUGGCAUUCAAUUGCCUAAUAAAGAAUCAAAACCUAAAGGUCUUAAAAGGAUAUUCAGUCGACCUAAGAGAAGCCCUUCUUCUUCUUCUGGAUUGUCAGAUAAUCCCUUCACAAGAGGAGGAUUUCGAUCAACUUCUGGUCCAAGACUUGGCUAUUCUCCCAGCGUUAAGAAAAGCAUUAACGUAAAUUUGCCGUUUUCUCGUUGGGACACAAAUUUAGUGGCCGAUUGGUUUUCAAUAAUUGGUUUGGGAAUGUAUGUCAAUGACUGUAAGCGUUGGUGUAAAAAUGGUGAACACCUAAUGCGUGCCACAGCUCAGGAGGUCGAAAAAGAACUGGGAAUACGUAAUGCUUUGCAUCGAAAGAAGUUGCGUUUAGCUGUCUCUUCAAUGAAUCAAGAAUUAGAUGAACUGAGUAAAUGUGCGGAUCAGUUGGACUAUCUAUGGGUUGCGCGAUGGCUCGAUGACAUAGGACUUCCCCAAUAUAAAGAUGUCUUUAUUGACGCACGAAUUGAUGGUCGAGUGCUUCACUAUUUGACAGUUGAAGACUUGUUAGCGCUAAAGAUAACGAGUCAAUUGCAUCACUCGAGUAUCAGAUACGGUAUAAAAGUGCUGAGAGAACAAAAGUUCAACAGUCAAUGUCUUAAACGUAGGGCCGGUUCCGACGAGACCAACAUUAAUGAAUGGAUACCCGAAGAAAUAACUUUAUGGACAUCGCAUCGAGUGAUGGAAUGGUUGCGUUCAAUAGAUCUGUCAGAGUUUGCCCCAAACCUACGGGGAUCCGGAGUUCACGGCGGGCUUAUUGUAUACGAGUUGGCAUUCAAUGCCGACCUUUUUGCUACACUCUUGUCUAUUCCUAACUCCAAAACUCUGUUACGACGACACAUAUCUAUUAAGUUUAAACAAUUAGUUGGCAAUGACUUGUGUCGCGCCAAACGUGAUCACGAAAACCAACCAAACUAUGUGCCACUCAUUGUUGGCGCCAAAGUAAAGGUAUAUAAAAAAGGACAGUUCACUUUGAAAAAGAAACGCAAAGCAGAUGUCGAAUAUGACGACUAUGUGUGUCCCAUAUCAGACAAUACAAGUCUGGCUUCACAGACAUUGAGCCAAAGAUCAUCAGUGCGUCGACAGGACUCGAUAUCGAGUACUAAUUCUGGACAACAGAGUACGGGUGCUAUUAAUGGCAAUUCAUUUGAUAAAGUGACUGAUGUUUGAAAUCUCGCAAUAUUUUC